AUGAGCCAACAAGCGAUCCAGUCCGAUAGCCCGAGCCAACAAGCGAUCCAGUCCGAUAGUCCGUCAAAACCCGUGUUUUGGCUGGUGGGCCAAAGGUGUAAACCAGGCCCGUUGGAACGUGGAUUUCGAUCGAUCGGCUUGGAUUGUUACGAUUUGGCGUCGGCGAUGGCGGAGGUGGCGGCGCUGUUCGACGCGUCGGCCUACGUGCUGUUCGAGUCGAUCGGCGAUUCCGAGGCGGACCAAUUCGACGGAGAUCCAGUCGCGGCGGAUGACGACGCGGAGUCGUGCAGCCGCGGAUCCGCGCCCGGCGGCGCUAGGGAGGAGGUCGCCGGAGGGGAGGAUGAGGGGAACCGGCGCGAUCGGGUUGAUGAGGAGGACGGCGGUGGGAGCGAUUUGGAGGACGGCGUCGUGGAUCAAUGCCGCGGCGGAGGGGAAGGAUCGCCGCCGCAGGCGGCGGAGAUGAAGAUGAUGAGCGAGAGGGAAGGGGAUAGGUUGUUCUGGGAGGCGUGUUUGGCAUCUCGUGAUUGA